CGACCUCGCUCCUUCGGCUCACGACUAGAAUCCGACUUACGGCGUCUGCAGACGCGACUCGAGGCGCAUUAGAGCCUUACACGACAAUAUACUACCUUCCGUUGGCGUCCGAUAGCCAUGGCUUCGACCAACAUCAAGGUUAUCUGCCGAUUUCGGCCUCCAAAUUCCCUGGAGAUGCGGGAGGGCAGCAGCAUCGUCGUCGACUUUGACGAGAACUUGCAGACGGUGAAGAUGAAGACCGCGACUGGCGCAGAAGCGGGUGGGUUCACCUUUGACAGGGUGUUCCCGAUGGGGACGAGGCAGGAGGAGAUAUUUGAGUACGGAGUGAAGGACAUCGUCAAGGAUGUGCUUGAUGGAUACAACGGUACAGUAUUCGCGUAUGGCCAAACCGGUAGCGGGAAGACUUUCACGAUGAUGGGCGCCGAUCUCGACUCAGAAGAUCUGAAGGGUAUAAUCCCGCGAAUAACUGAGCAGAUCUUCCAGUCCAUCGUGGAAUCGGACCCUAGCCUGGAAUAUCUCGUCAAGGUGUCCUACAUGGAGAUCUACUUAGAACGCAUUCGUGAUCUCCUCGCGCCCCAGAACGAUAACCUGCAGGUGCACGAGGAAAAGUCGAAGGGCGUGUACGUGAAGAAUCUGUCCGAUUACUAUGUGAGCAGUGCGCGGGAGGUGUACGAGAUCAUGCGACAGGGCGGUCAAGCCCGCAUCGUCUCCGCAACCAACAUGAACGCCGAGAGUUCGCGCUCGCACUCGAUCUUCCUCAUCACCAUCAUCCAACGGAAUACGGAAACGGGUGCGCAGAAGACGGGCAACCUGUACCUCGUCGACUUGGCCGGCUCGGAGAAGGUCGGCAAGACGGGCGCGUCGGGCCAGACGCUCGAGGAGGCGAAGAAGAUCAACAAGUCGCUCUCCGCGCUCGGCAUGGUUAUCAACGCGCUCACGGACUCGAAGUCCAAGCACAUCCCCUACCGCGACUCGAAGCUGACCCGUAUCCUGCAAGAGUCGCUCGGCGGCAACUCGCGCACGACGCUGAUCAUCAACUGCUCGCCGUGCUCGUACAACGACCAGGAGACGCUCUCGACGCUGCGCUUCGGCAUCCGCGCCAAGUCGAUCAAGAACACGGCGCGGGUGAACGCCGAGCUCUCUCCGCAGGAGCUCAAGCUACUGCUCUCCAAGGCGCAGGCGGCCAAUUCGAGCUACCAGAAGUACGUCGAGGCGCUCGAGGCGGAGGUCGCCAUCUGGCGCUCGGGCGGGACCGUGGACGAGGCCAACUGGGCGCAGCAGGGUAAGGCGCCCGCGUCGGGCGCGGCGGCGCAGAAGCCAGCGGCGUCGCCGACGCCGUCGAGCGCGCGGAGCAUGACGCCGGCGAUUCCGGCGCUGGAGAGCAUCAAGGGCGAGCUCGGCUCGCGGCCGCAGACGCCGACGGUCGUCGGCCUGGACAAGGACGAGCGGGAGGAGUUUUUGAGGCGGGAGAACGAGCUGAGCGACGCGCUGGCGGAGAAGGAGAGCGCGCUGGCGGCGGCGGAGAAGUUGGCCGGGGAGCUCAGGGAGGAGCUCAAGUUCUUGAAGGAGCAGGAAGGGACGCUGUCGGCGGAGAACAAGGCGAUGUCUGGGCAGGUGAACGAGCUGCGGUUGCAGGUCGAGCGGCUGAGCUACGACGCGAAGGAGGGCGCGAUCACGAUCGAUAUCCUGAAGGAACAGUUGCAGGAUUCGAAGGGCGAGCUGGAGGAGGUGCGCAAGACGAUGGCGGAGCUGAAGAGCAGCCAGAAGGACGCGAGCGUGGAGGACAAGGAGAAGCGGAAGCAGGAGAAGAUGGCGAUGAUGAUGGCCAAGUUCGAUACGCAGGGCGCGUUCUCGGAGAAGGACGAGCAGCUGCGGAGCUUACUGGCCAAGCUGGACCUGAUCGACUCAGACGAGGCGGUGGCGAGCCUGACGGCAGAGGACAUCACGGCGGUGCGGCGACAGCUUGGCGAGAGCCAGAACCUGCUCCGGGAGACGGUGGACCGGCUGCGGUUGAGCCAGGAGGAGAACGAGAUGAUCAUGCGCCGAAGGGACGAGCUCGAGGAGCGGGUGGGUGCGCUCGAGGCCGAAUACGAGGAGCUGCUGGAGAAGACGAUCAACGACGAGGAGACGAGCAACGUGGACGUGGGCGAGUCGAUGGCGGAGCUCAAGAACAAGCUCGAAGCGCAGUACGCGGCCAAGCGCGAGGCGCACUUUAGCGAGGUGCACGAUCUGAAGCAGCAGCUCGAGCUUAAGGCGAAUGAGCUGCGGAGCGCGCAUGCGAAUAUCGAGAGCCUCAAGUCGUUGAACGAAGAGCUGAAGCGUGCGUUCGCGGUCACCACUGCUGGUGUCGAAGGCGGCAAGAACCUGGCGGAGAGCGCGCAGGACCUCGAACGGACGCGGAAGGCGAUCAGCGUGCAGCUGGCCGAGUUUGACGGCGUGAAAAAGUCGCUCAUGCGCGACUUGCAGAACCGUUGCGAGAAGGUGGUCGAGCUCGAGAUCCAGCUGGACGAGAUCCGGGAGCAGUACAACAACGUGAUCCGGAACAGCAACAGCAAGGCGCAGCAGAAGAAGAUGGCGUUCCUGGAGCGGAACCUGGAGCAGCUGACGGUGGUGCAGAAGCAGCUCGUGGACCAGAACACGGCGCUGAAGAAGGAGGCGGGCAUCGCGGAGCGUAAACUGCUGGCGAGGAACGAGCGGAUCCAGAACCUGGAGGCGCUGUUGCAGGACGCUGACCGGCGGCUGGCGGUGCAGAAUCAGAAAUUCGAGGCGCAGCUGCAGGCGGUCAAGGAGCGGCUAGACCAGGCGCGCGCGCAAAAGGCGGCGGCGGGGUCGACGCUCAGCUUUGGGAGCAGGAUCGCGAAGCCGUUGAGGGGCGGCGGGAGGAGCGCGGCGGCGACGGCGGGGCCGACGCCGAUCUCCGGCGGCGGUGGAUCGUCGUCGGCGAACCCGCUCGCACGGCUGCAAAGCGAAGAAGGAUCUGGGCAGAAGCGGGCAUCGUGGUUCUUCAAUUCGCGGUGAGGGAGAAGACGGCGUGGCUCGUCUUUUUCCGUCUUCCGGGCGCAUAUAACGUGGGCGCGUGCAUAUAACCACAACAUAACAUACAUAAAUCUCCUCGUCGCAUACCAGCUGCUCCUCUCUCUGUAAUUUUCCUCCCUCGCUUUGGACGCAAUUCGGACGUACACUCGAAUUCUCAUGCUAAUUUUAUUUGCAUAUGAC